GGAGGAGCCGGAAAACAUGGCGGAGAGCUGCGCGUGUCUGCUAGUGCUGAGCGCUGUGUUUCUGUGUAAUCUUUGUAAAAUCCUGCUUCCUUCUUUCUCCUCGCUUGUUUCUAGGCUACUACAAAAAGAUGCAGAGCAGGAGUAUCAGAUGAGGUCUGAUAUUCAGAAUAUGAGACAGGAGCUUUCUAAUAUCAGCGUGAUGGACCAGUUUGCCCAAUACGCCAGAUUGGAACGCAAAAUUAACAAGAUCACCGACAAACUUAAAACACAUGUGAAAAGCAGGACGACACAACUAUCAAAAAUUAAGUGGGUUAUCAGCAUUGUCUUCUAUAUAUUACAGGCAGCCUUGAUGGUGUCCCUCAUAUGGAAAUAUUACUUGGAGCCGGUCACUGUUCUGCCUAGUAAAUGGAUUGCACCGCUGGAGAGACUCGUGGCAUUUCCCACUGGGGUUGCAGGCGGCGUAGGAAUUACAUGUUGGCUUGUGGUUUGCAACAAAGUGGUGGCCAUUAUGCUGUAUCCUAUCAGCUAAGAAGAAUGAUGUUACAUCUUUAUGCAUGUGCUUCUGUGCAAGUCAUUUAUUUUAUGUAUGUACAGUAUGUCUGUAUACUAUUUAGUCCAAAUAUGUAUGUUGCCUUAUUUGCAUUGUAUGGGGGGUGUCUUUACAUGUGCAAAAUGCAAAAAAAUCUGCCCAUAUAGCUCCAUUCAGAGCCCUGUACUUCUUGCCUAAGGUUAGCAUAGGCAGAAAUCCUGGUUUAUAUCAUUUUUGGGCCAGGAAUAAUGAAUCUGUCUAUUAGGUAUGAAUGGUUGUUCCCUUGUCUGUUGGUCACAUGUUAAUAAAGAAGGCUUUGGCCUCUGUCAUUCA